UGCUGUGCGCCCCGGGGGCGGGACCCGCGACACGGGCAGCCGGACUCCGAGGUCGAACGCGGGGCUCCGGGCAGAUGGGCCCGCACCCCAGGCAGAGGCCGAAGGGGGCGUGCACCGCUGAAAAGUGGCGGGGAUAACCCCGACCCCUGCACCCGCUGCCCGCGACGCCGCCUCUCAGCUCCUCGCAGGCGAGGCUGCUAGUGGUCGACCACGGGACUCCAGCCGGGUCCGUGUUCCCGCUUGCUGCGUCCUGCCGGGCGACCCAGGAGUUUGUGUCCAGAUGUUGGCCCAGCAGCCACAGGGAAUCCCUUUGGGAGACAAAGUCAGGCUCUUGGCUUGAGGCCCACCAACCUUGAGCCUUAGGCCAGGGGAAUGGCAGCCCCCCUGGAGUCUCAGGACCAGGCCCCUGGGGAGGGAGAAGGGCUUCUAAUUGUGAAGGUGGAAGAUUCUUCUUGGGAUCAGGACUCUGCCCAGCAAGAGGACAGCAGGGAUUCUGAGGCCUGCCGCCAGCGCUUUCGGCAGUUCUGCUAUAGGGACGUGGGUGGGCCCCAUGAAGCCUUCAGCCAGUUAUGGGAGCUCUGCUGCCGCUGGCUGCGACCUGAACUACGUACCAAGGAGCAAAUCUUGGAGCUACUGGUGCUGGAGCAGUUCCUGAGUGUGCUGCCUGGAGGUGUCCAGGACUGGGUGCGAGAGCGGUGUCCAGGGAGUGGUGAGGAAGCCGUUGCCUUGGUGGAGGACCUGCAGAAGCAGCCAGUGAAAACAUGGCCGCAGGAUGUGCCCUCAGAGGAGGUGGAACCUGAGGCUACAGUCCAGGGAUCCCAGGCCAUGGGACUUCCCCCGAAGGCGAGUGCACAAAACCAGCCACUUGUACCCUGGGAGCAGCACAGCCAUGGUGCCCAGCUCCCUGCUCUUCUUAAAGAAAGGAGUAUCAAACAGAAAAAGAAUGUCUGCUUUGCCUCUGAGAUCCAUGGACCUGUGACAUUUGGAGACAUUCCCUUCUAUUUCUCCCAGGAAGAAUGGGGGUCCCUGGACCCUGCUCAGCGGGAUCUUUUCUGGGACAUAAAGCGGGAAAACUCCCGGAACGUUGCCCUGGGUUUGGGGCUCAAGAACCAAACAGGGCGAUCCCGACUGGAGGAGGCGAUGAGAGUGCUCCCGGGCCAGGAGGGCAACGAUGUGACUGUGGUCUGGAGCCCUGAGGAGGCCGAGCCCUGGGAGAGCGAGGCCGUGCCUGGGGCACCCUUGGAUCCAGCGGUGGGGGCAAGGCGGGGGCGGCCACCCACGCACAGGCGCCAGCUCCGGGACCUGGCAGCAGAGAAGCCACACAGCUGUGGCCAGUGCGGCAAGCGCUUCCGCUGGGGCUCAGACCUGGCGCGCCACCAGCGCACGCACACAGGCGAGAAACCCCACAAGUGCCAGGAGUGCGAAAAGAGCUUCCGCAGCUCGUCGGACCUGGUGCGCCACCAGGGCGUGCACACGGGCCAGAAGCCCUUUUCCUGCUCCGAGUGCGGCAAGAGCUUCAGCCGCAGCGCCUAUCUGGCUGACCACCAGCGCAUCCACACAGGUGAGAAGCCCUUCGGCUGCAGUGACUGCGGUAAGAGCUUCUCCCUGCGCUCCUACCUGCUGGACCACCGGCGCGUGCACACUGGCGAGCGUCCAUUCGGCUGCGGCGAGUGCGACAAGAGCUUCAAGCAGCGCGCCCACCUCAUCGCUCACCAGAGCCUGCAUGCCAAGAUGGCCCAGCCUGUGGGGUGAGGGGUGGGGUGGGGCUGAGGGAUCUUCCAGGAGCCAGAGCAGCAGGAUGGCCACCUGCCUCUGCUUCACCUUCUGCAGCCACCACCCCUACUGCCUGCCCUGCUCUGCCCCAGGACCUGGUCAACACUCAAGUAAUGGAUAUCAUCCCCUAUGACCUCCUGGCCAUUAUUCCUGCUCUGAGGGGUUUCUCUUGGCUCUGGCUUCCUGGGGCCCCAGCACAUUCCUGGCAGGUGUCCUUAGCAUGGGAGAAAGGCUGAAGCAGCAGGGAAGUGUGAGGACUCCGGCAGGGUCCCGGGUACCCCAUCCAAGAAAUUCCCCUCGGCCUUGCUUGCCUGGUGGCUCUUUGUUUCCCAGUCUUGGCUGGGUCCAUGGGUCAGGCCCUCUGCCCUGCCAACCUGUGCCUUCCCAAAGGGGUGGAAGACAGGCUUUGACCACCAGGGUGCUGACAGGCUCUAGGAGGGACAGUUAGCCCACACCUGUGAAGUUCUAGGUCCUGGGUAGGGCCAAAAGGGCUUUCUGGCCUCCACCCACUCCCACUUCUAGGCCAUGACCACUCUGCCCUAUCUUGGUGACACAGAAGUUGUCCGCCACCGAUUUUCACUGACUUCCUCCUUGAGAGCCAUCCUCUGCUGAGGCUAGUGGUGGCUCCAGGGUUUGGAGGUCUGUGCAGACCAAAAACAGGGCUAGUGGAAACCCACUGCUCCCACGCUCCCCUCCAGAGACAUGGGGUUCAUGGUAAUUAACAUUAGUACUCUGUUAGCACUUUGUCACUGACUCCUUAGGCACUGCAUUUCAUGUCUGCAUCGGCUGCAGAUUGGCAUUAACAGGGACACACCACAGGCUCUCCAAAGGAGGCUGGCCCAGCCUGCCUCAAAAGGACAGCAAAAGGGUUUGAAU